CUCUACAGCAAAUAACAUAGUUCAAUUAAUGUUUAUGGCAGGCCACAUGGCCCGCUGACUAUAGAAAAGCGGUUGUAGAUUAUUAUAUCGUUGUAUGGCACUAAUUGUCUCUGAUUCACCGUAGGGCAUACUGGGAAGACCAAGGGAAUGAUAAAAUGUAGGCGACUCUUCACCUACAUAGUAAGUUAGUCACUCAGUCACGCUUUCAACUAUAUCACCACUAAUUAGUAGUGCCAGCGAUAGAUGUUAUAUUUCAACUCAGUCGCCUGUAAAGUGGCUAGAAAGCACCUUUCCUGAAUAGGAAGACUAUUCCGUUUAUGGUAACCCGCCGUCACCCCCGGGUCCAAGAAGCAGUGCGGACUUCAUGGAGUACUUGUCUAUUGAUUGCCGCAACCAGACCGCAGAAGCCUUCAACCACGGGAUCGGGUUUAUUAGGUCUCAACAACGUAAGUUUGAGUGUAGUCUCUACGCGAUGCUGGCCAACUAGAAUCUGGGAAAUACCCAAUUCAUGGUACCAGCCUCCUAGAAUAUCUUCCCACAAGAUUGGGCUUGUCUACUCGCUUUUUGUUAUGGCUUCACGAUUCCCACGCUCCAGCCUUCACCAGCGUGAUCCUCGCGCAUCGGCUUCCCUCUUUGACUCAUAUGGCGGCGACUCCAGACCUGUCAGUAGGUCACCUGGCCGAGUGGGUGGUUAUGGUUAUGGAGGAUAUCCCAACAAUGGAGCCUCUAUCGGAAAUGGAUACAGGGCUGCAACGCCAAAUGCGAAGGGUCACUACUCCGAUGCAGUUCUAUCUCAUUUAGAGUCGCAGAAUGAUGCCGAGGUAGAGGGUAUCAGCGCAAAAGUCAAGAUGCUGAAAGAUCUUACGCUCGCUAUUGGCGAGGAGAUUCGGGAUACUUCGACAAUUACAGAGCUCAAUGAUACAUUUGACAACACCCGCCUUCGUAUACGAGGAAACAUGAGUCGCAUGCUGCGGAUGGCGGAACGGACAGGUGUCGGCUGGCGUGUAUGGCUGACUUUCUUCCUGGCUGUUUUUCUGCUUUUUGCUUAUGUGUGGCUGACUUGAACGGUCUGGUUAUGACUUUCCACAAAGGCUCAUGGAUGUUCAACUUACCUUGUCUCGCGCUAUAGUGACAGACGCAUCAGUACU